CACGAAUGAACAGUUGUGGAACUCAUCCCGGCCAACGGCGUAGAAGCAAUGACGGCGACACGAUUUGGAGGAAGUGACGGCGGCGACACAAGGCCCCUUCCACUGAUGUAUGCCCUCUUCGUUGGCGAUCUUCUCUCGUUUUUCUUGUGCAGAACUGCAUCGGUGCAAUUGAUGGCACUCAUGUGCCCAUUACAAUUUCACCUGACAAAGCUGCUCCUUUUAGAAACAGGAAGGGAACUCUCAAUCAAGAAGUGCAUAUCCAUUAUUGGUACAAUGGAAGUUACAAAGGAGGAAAAAGCGAAAGCCUACAAUGUCUUCAAGGACCUUGACAAUAGGCAAAUUUUCUUGAGUGCAUGCGAUGAUGAUGCCGAGUCUGCACUAAUUUGGCUGAGAAACGAGAUGGCUUAGCUGGUGGAGUCGUCUGAAUUGCUUGUUGGAUAUCCAAUAUGUUAUGUUGUUCAAAUGAAAAAUUACUCAUCUCCCUUUGGUUUGUUUUUAAUCUAAAUGCACACACUCUAUUGUAAUGUAAUAAUAGACAAAUGAGCGACCAACUUCUGAUUUUGAUGCUUCAAA